UGAGUCUUUCAACCUGGUUUGCUAGCUUUCUCACAUUUCGUAUCACACAGGCAAAAACACAAACAGAUAUGGGUGCUUCUCUUUUUUCUUCAGCAACAUUCUCUGGAGUUCUGCUCUUCUCAUUCAUAUCCUUAUGUCUUCUCUCUCAUAUUGCAGAAUGCAAAACCAGAAAGCACAAAUUCAACAUCGUCAUGCAAAACGUGACGCGACUCUGCCACACAAGAUCUAUGGUGACUGUCAAUGGAAAAUUUCCAGGACCCACAAUUGUUUGUAGAGAGGGUGAUCGACUCCUUAUUGAAGUAGUUAACCAUGCCAAAUACAAUAUCUCUAUUCACUGGCAUGGAGUUCGACAGCUGCAAAGUGGGUGGGCUGAUGGACCAGCAUACAUAACUCAAUGUCCCAUACAGAUUGGGAAGAGCUUUGUGUACAACUUCACGGUAACAAGGCAAAGAGGCACACUAUUUUGGCAUGCCCAUUUUUCAUGGUUAAGAGCCACCAUCUAUGGUCCAUUAGUCAUUUUGCCCAAGCGUGGAGUACCUUAUCCUUUUCCCAAGCCUUACAAGGAAGUCAUCAUCAUUUUUGGAGAGUGGUUCAAUGCAGAUCCUGAGGAAAUUCUAAGUCAGUCCCUUCAAAAUGGUGGAAACCCAAAUGUGUCUGAUGCCUAUACUAUUAAUGGGUUUCCUGGGCCACUUUAUAAUUGUUCUUCUAAAGAAACUUUCAAGCUAAAGGUGAAACCUAAGAGUACUUACCUUCUCCGUUUGAUCAAUGCUGUAGUCAAUGAGGAGCUAUUUUUUAGCAUUGCAAAUCACACAAUGAGAGUAGUUGAAGUUGAUGCCGUUUAUGUUAAACCUUUCAAUACUCGUACCAUUCUCAUAGCCCCUGGACAAACUACAAACAUUCUUCUCGAAACCAAACCCUACUUCCCUGGUGCCAAAUUUCUCAUGUCUGCUAGAGCAUAUCAAAAUGGUCCAUCCACCAUCGACAACUCCACGGGAGCUGCCAUCCUCCAAUACGAACCACCACCCUCCAUGAAAAAUAAAAUUUCAGCAAAGAUGCUUCCACUCUUAAAACCGGUUCUUCCCCAAAUUAAUGACACUUCCUCUGCAACCGAUUACACAAGCAAACUACGUAGCUUGGCAAACAAGAAAUACCCGGCUAGAGUCCCUCUCAAAGUUGACAAGCGCUUCUUUUUGACAGUUGGGCUCGGAACCAACCCUUGUCCAAAGAACCAAACAUGUUUAGGACCAAAUGGAACAAAAUUGACUGCUACUGUGAAUAACAUAUCCUUUAUUAAUCUUCCAACCACAGCUCUACUCCAAGCCUAUUUCUAUAGAAAGUCAAAGGGUGUUUACACCACAGAUUUUCCAAGCAAACCUCUAAUUCCUUUUGAUUAUACAGGAACACCACCAAAUAACACAAUGGUUAUGAAUGCGACCAAAUCUGUUGUUCUUCCAUUUAAUACUAGUGUUGAGCUUGUGAUGCAGGAUACUAGCAUUCUUGGGCUUGAGAAUCACCCUCUCCAUCUUCAUGGAUUUAACGUCUUUGUUGUUGGACAAGGUUUUGGGAACUAUGACCCGAAGAAUGACCCAAAAAAUUUUAAUCUUCAAGACCCGAUUGAACGGAAUACUGUGGGUGUGCCUACUGGUGGUUGGAUUGCAGUUCGAUUUUUGGCCGAUAAUCCAGGGGUAUGGUUAAUGCAUUGCCACUAUGAGAUCCAUAUAUCCCUGGGUUUGAGAAUGACUUGGAUUGUUUUAGAUGGAAAGCUGCAAAGCCAGAAGCUACCUCCUCCGCCAGCCGAUCUUCCCAAAUGUUAGAAUUAUGAUUUGUUUUGGAUCGUUUUAUAUACACCCCGUACAACAUUAUAUACAUCUAAUCUAUUUAUGGUGCAUAUAAUUUUUAAGGUAGUGUAUUUAGCCACAUAUAUAGGUGAGACAGAACUGCCAAGUAGACUUUUGGGCUUUUUUUAGUGAUGGAGCUGCGGCCUAUUUAUUUUUAUUUAUAUUUGUAUCUAUUGAAGAAUUGUUUUGUUGUUGUAUGUAAUUUAUAAAUAAGAGAUGAAAAAUAGUAAACAAACAGUAAAUGGGUAGAAGGAUUCAACGCA